AUGGCCAACCAGGACCUAUUCGUAUUGGAAUGGAGAGACCAGGAAGAUCGUGCUGUCGUGCAAUACAAUGAGAUGAACAAACGUCGCAAAUUAGAGCAGGAGAAUCUGGCGCUCAAAACCCUUCUGCGCGAGCAUGGCAUCUGUUGGUCGCCCAAACUGAAGCAUCGCCCCGAAUUUUUCGAUGGAACAUUCGAUCACCGCUUCUCGUCCGAAGGUCGCAGGGUCCGUACACGUGUCACACGAGCUCAGACUGCCGCCCAAAAGGCUGUUCAAGAGGCUGCCGAGAACGGCCUCAAGCUCCCAAUGGAGAUUCUUCUAAUGAUCACCGAGUACGCCAUGGUUGGCAACACUCCGAUCAUCGACCCUUUAUCGAAACCGUCGCGCCAAAAUCUCACCAAGGCGGAAACCAAGAAAGGCAGCGAGGUUGCGUAUGGUCUUUUGGGCGUAAAUAGAGCCAUCAGGGAAGAAGCUUCCAGGAUGAUGUGGUCCAAGAACACCUUGACGUUCACCACCAUUGAUGCCCUGCAUAAUAUGGCCCAGCUUCCUCUAGCCGUCCGGUCCGAGAUCAAGAACAUCAAUCUUCGAGUCAUUGCUCGUUACUAUCACGAGAAUGACGACCCCGUCACCCUCAAAAAGAGUAGGUAUCCGAACCUUCCUCGCACUAUUGAUUUACCUAUCAACAAGCGGCCCAGGUCACACAAUGCCGCCCACGGAGGAUUUCGCAGCUACUCAUGGCUUCAGAUUGCCGACUUUCUGCAAGCACUGUUGCCCCCUUAUGACCCGGAGCAUUCCAACUCCACCAAGCAGCCAAAGAGACAAGGCAUUCUCUUCCCGAAUCUAGAUACCAUGAGAAUCGAUCUGAUCAAUUUCGCCCAAGACCUUCUUCGCUACAUCCCCGGCAACUGUAUCCAUGACAUCGCGGCCCAUGAGCUUGCGAGCGUGUUGAGCGAGCUCACAGUCACAGGUUUGCCUUGCUGUCAAGUCGGCAUCAAGGUUGGAAUGGAUCUUUCCCAGAUGCUCCGCGACAAUGGUCUCUUCCUCGAUGCGUCUAGCGCAUAUAUUAUGCCACGAGGAAAAAGGGUCAUGCUCGUCGGGGGCAAGAUCCCAAUGUCUUCCAGAGUGAUUCGUCCCAGGAUUCUGAUGGAGAUGACUGACGAGGAUAAGGAGACCUUUGACAUAACCGAAGAGGGCAACAUUCACUACAUGCCCAACAUCUACGGCAGCCACCACCACCCACACUCCCCAGGCUACAACCCUGAGCCAGUGCCUUUAACCCUCAAAGGUCCGUACUCCUGCGAGUAUGACCAGAUUUGGAAGAGGGUUCCAAAGACACUAGGUUCCGAGGAGCGGGAAUGGGUAUCUUUUGAGAGUGAUCUCGGCCUGAAUGAGGAUGAUGUGGUCUGGGAUAGAAUCUCAGAUCUUGAUCUGGACUCAGAGGCUGAUCUUUCUGACUACCAUUCCUUUUUGGAUCCAGAGGACAAGCGUGCCGCGUGCCGCAAGUGCAACAAAAUCCACUGGGACCCCUACGAUUCAGAGUGA